ACAACAAACCAAAUGGGCUCAUACAAGUGGACAUUCACAAUGAAGAGAACGCGAACAGAAAUAUCAAAGCGGGAGAAUCUCCUAAAAUCGCCCAGAAGAUUGUUCCUCCGACACCAAAAUCAGAAAGAAAGGAAAAGAAAGAGCAAGAUGAUGACGAAAAAUCACUCGAAUGGCAUUUGAAAGAUUGCUUAGAUAAAUUAGCUAUAUACGAUGCCGUGUGGAUAUUGUCCAAGGAAGAAACAUUUUAUCAGGUCUUCUUCCCUUGCGAAGGGCCAGGCAUGGAAUGCGAUUUUGUUCUGCAGUCCAUCCAAAAUAGAGGCAUUGGGGAGAAAGGCUUGUCCACUGUUGGUAUCAUGCCAUGUGAUGUUUUCUAUCGAGAUUAUGGGGAAGACGAAGAAAUGCAAGGUGAAGAUUCUGACAAUGAAAAUGGGGAAGAACAAGCACCGGAAAAGAAAGGGAAGGGUUUUAAAGCCAUGCAGAAAGAGUUUUUGAAAUCCGUAACGGCUAGACUCACUGUCGCGCAGGUCGUGGAGCGAGUCAGAAAUGACGGAUCACUUUCAUUCGAUUUCAUCAUGUUCGUCUUUAUUGCCAGUUGCAUUGCUGCUCUUGGACUCAGCGAGAACAGCGCCAUCAUAAUUGUAGCUGCCAUGCUCAUAUCUCCAAUCAUGGGUCCCAUCAUGGCUUUUACUUUUGGUUUGACCAUUCGGGACAGAAAACUCAUUAAAAUGGCAAUGAGGACGGAACUCAUCGGGUUAUCUGUGUGCCUCAUAGCAGGAUUUUUGUUUGGAUUCAUUUGUGGUAAUUUCAGCGAGACGUGGGGAGCUGGAAAAUGGCCAACUCCUGAGAUGGCUGGCAGGGGAAUGGUCCGGAGUUUGUGGUCUGGUUGUUUAAUUGCAUUGCCAUCAGGCGCAGGUGUAGCAAUGUCAGUCUUAGGUGGAAAUGGAGCUUCUCUUGUAGGCGUGGCUAUUUCUGCAUCCUUGUUGCCGCCUACUGUAAACUGUGGUUUACUAUGGGGAUUAGGUGCCAUAAAAACAGUCAGAAGCUUAUACCAAAGUACAUAUGUGGUUUAUGAUAUUUAUAAUCAUACGGUGAAACCGGCCCUUCUGCCGCCUGAUACAUAUACUCCUACUUACUACCCCCUCAUGGAUAGAGAAUGCGCAGUACUGGGAAUCAUCAGCUUUUUACUGACUGUAGUCAAUAUCAUUUGCAUUAUCAUCGCUGCUCUCAUCAUUCUUAAGGUGAAAGAAGUAGCUCCGAAUACGACAGACGCAGCAGUUUCAAGAUUCUGGAAACAUGACGUAAAGGUUGCCAGAGAUUACAACAAAACUUUAGGAGAAAAUGAAGGUGAAGAUCUUGGAAAGCAGUUCCUCCAAGAAUGGGCGAACCUGAAUGGUAUAGACCCAAAUACUCUAAACACAGAUAGCGAAGAGAGUCGACUAACGCAACUGCAAACUCUUAUGGAUAUUGUGGAGGAUGCACAAGAGGACGAUGUUUUCAGGUCCAUAUCUAUGAAUACACCUGCACCAGCUGUCGAGAAAGUGUCUAGGAGACUGAGCAUUGCCCCUGGCCUCGGAUUGGCGGAUGCAGGACCAAUGCGCAGAGCAAGUGUAUCUCAGUCUGGAGUUGCCGCCCAACUGAAAAAAAGGAGACAGAGCCGUCUACCUAGUCUCAUGGAUGCAGUAGCAGAAGACGAGAGUGAAGAGGGUGCUCCUCAGGUGUCCAGUGUGCCUAGGAAGAGCGUCGUGUACAAUCGACCUUUAACCAAUGCUGAUAAUCCCUACUCCUUAUGGCCUUCAAAAUCUCGCAUCCAGGAAAUGUCAAGAUUCAAUGUAUCACCAGUAGGAGGAGAUGAUGUAGGCCCUCUACCAAAUGUGAGAGGUCCUAGAUCCAGAAGAAGGAGUUGUUUCCCUGGUCAGCAGCAAGGGCAUCGUCCAAGUGCACAUUCUCCAGCCCACAAAACAGAUUCAAGUGAAGGCAAGACAGAAUCUACUGCUUUUUGAACAAAAAUAGUUACUGAAGAAGCUUUUUCAACAAAGAAAAGCAAAAUUCUUCUUGACGAGUCGGACAACUUUUGCAAUAUAAAUGUGAUACCAUAUACUUCUAUUUUUGUGUUGGUAUACAGCUGAAUGAAUGUAGAACAUUCGUUGAACAACUAUUUUUCUUCCGACAUUCCUUCCUGCAGCCGUGACAGAAUCACCAUAUUGAUGGUAUUUCGAAACAUCUGCGGCCCUUUCUUUCGAAAGUUGGUGAUAUGCCCUAGAAACAUAAUGCUUUGUCAUCACGGAACUUCACUUUAUCAUUAGUGAACUAUAUGUGCAUCUUUUACAUUUCAUCGCUCUUGGUAUUUCUCUCAUCUACCCAAUACAUUACUUCAGAAAGGCGCAUUGGUCCUGCAUUACUUCCAAACUUGGUUCGAUUAAAAAGAAAAGAAUAUAUGCUUAAGAAAGGAAAAAAGGACAUCAAGAAGGCAUUUUAUAAAACACUUUAAAAAUUAACUCUUACAUACUUGCAUAUAAUUUUUCCGAUAAAGAAAUGCACCUUAAGAUAAUGAUUCCAUUAAUAUUUUGAUUUGUCAAUGUCAGUUUCACACAGUGCGAAAGAUGAAAAUAUUGAAAUAUUUUCAGUAGUUGGCCUAAUAAAUAAACAAUAAAAUCUAAUGUUUUCGUUUUCGAUUGCUUGCUGUAUAUCUUAAAAUAUUUUAAAUUAUAUCAAAAUGCAUUUCUUAUUCAAACUGUGGUUGCAGCGAAAUGACCUUCAUCAUUGACAAAUAUUAGCCACAUUGUUGAUCUGAUCAAAUUUACCGUAAAAGAAGAAGAGCGAUCUUAAAGUGGCAAAACAAUUAAGUAUGGAAACUGGAUAUUGACAAAUCACUGUAAAUAUAUUUAAAAGACAUAUCAUGCCCACAUUCAACAAUAUAAUUUGACUGUUAUAAUGGCAAUGUUACGCAUCAAGAAAUGAAAGUGAACAAUAAGAAAACUUUUAUCAAAAUACUGACUGAGAUCAAAACUGCUGAGCGUUUCAUUUGGCCUUUCAUAGUUCCAAAACAAUUCAAUAGUGAACAAAUUAAAAAUAAAGCUAGUAAUCUCUUUUUAGGAAUAUGUAUUUAAAAAGGUUUACUGAAGUCUUUACGAGCAAAAUAUAAAAAUGAUGUUGAGGACGUUCACCAAAGUUUCUGCACUUUUUUUUUUUUUUUUUUUUUUUUUGUGUGUGUGUUCCUUUCAUAAAAGAACACCUGCCUAUAAAGUAAGAAAUGAAUAAUAAGAAAUAAACUUUCAAAAAAAAUAAUAUUAUAUUAAAUUAUUAACAUUAUUUUUGCGUAGAAUGAAUGUUGAAUAGUGAAUAAGAGACCACUUCAGAUUAUCAAUUUUACAUUCUAUAUUAGUGAAGAGGUAAGAAUUUUUUCUUGUAAUUUCUUCAAAUUUAAAUAAUUCGUAAAUAUUUCAUUAAGUUGGCUUGGAAUUAAAAAUAAGAGGCCUCAUUCGCGUAAUAAGUGACUCAGUUGUUAUUAACAAAAGUACGAGAUUUUAAUGUGUAAUACACACAUCCAGAGAAAUUAAUUAAAGGAUGUGUAAGAUAGGCUGCUGUUCGGGGCAUUGAACUUAAUUGAGCAUCAAAUGUUUAAAUUAAUUUAAAUAUACUGCUUUCUUAUCUAUAAUACUAUAUUACAGCGCGCUAGACACCACCUGUCCAGGACAUGGAAGUACAGCGCGCUAGACACCAUCUGUCCAGGACAUGGAAGUGUCUUCUUACAGGACUGUACACCACAUAAUGAUGAAACUACUAUGAAGAAUUUGAAAUUGUAUUUAAAAACUACUGUCUACACUUUUAAUUACUCCUACUACUUUUUUUGUGCUACUCUUUAUUUUAUCUCUUUUUCAAAUCACACUACAAUCUUAGAGUAAUCAGAGUUUCAAACUUUUAUUCAAUUUAAUCUCAUUCACUCUGUCAUAUGACGAAGGAAAGACAGAGACACAGAAUCAAAAUUAUAUAGUAUCAUUGAGCACCAAGCUCCUUAUUUCAAUGCUCAGAUUUUAUAAAAUCUAAAUAUGCAGGCAACAAAGACAUAACUAUGUCAUUUAUAUAUCUCACUGACGUUAAAUGUUAAUUUUGGAAAAUUUAAAAUAUAGCAGCAGCGUUUGCAAAAGCUCAGUUUUUAUAAUACGUUUUUAGUAGAAAUUUAAUUUUUACAAAAAUUUUUUAGAAAUUUAGAAAGUGUGGUGUGUAAUAAAAUCUUAAGAUAAAUUAUUAUUAUUUCAAUGCAUGUGUUAUGUUGUAUUAUAUGAUUUUCUCUUUGAAGAUAUGCAUCAUUACAUUGAACAUUUUAGUAAUUUAAACAAUUUUUUAAAAUUAUUUUUGCAGUUAAUGCAUACUAAGCACAUUUUUCUAUACACAUGCAAUAAAUAUAUUAGCGUACUCCAUUUAUUAGUUUACAAAUAACAUUCAGUUUUAACAAUUUAUUCAUUUUGAUCGAAUGAAAUAAUUUGGGAUGAAAAUGUGAAUGCUUUAAUAAUAGACUACAAAGCUGCAGUAAAUGUAAAUACUACUGCUUACAGUAAAUGCAACUUCUAACUUACAUUCAUUGCAGAUUUCCCAACAUAAUCAAUGACAAAUAUGUUUCAUUACGUAAAGAAGAUAUGAAAAUCUGUGUAAUUUGAAUGUUUUAUUAUUCAAUGACUAGAUGUUAUUCAAGUGCCAAAACAAAACAAAAAUGCUAACUCUUAAUACUCUUAUCACUAAGAAAUAGAAAAUAAGUUAUUGUUAUUAUUAAAUACACUGAAGGUAUUUGAAUCUAUCAAUGAAACUAGUAAACUUUAUACAUUUUGAUAACAGUUUGUUUAACAUGUGCCAGUCACAAUGCUAUGAUGUUUUUUGAAAUAUUAAGGACUAUGCUAUUUAAUGUAUGGUUUUUCAAUUCAUAUUUGUUGUGAUAAUGUUAAAUUCAUAUUUAUUUCAUCUUAGAUUCAUUUUAAAUGCAUCUUAUACUUGUACAUAGUUUACAUAUAGUGGCUGAACUUGUAUUUUUGUUUUCUGACUAUGUUCUCAAAAUAAUAUAUUUGUAAUAAACAAGAAAUAAAGUUUCUUUGAAAUUAU